UAUAGAGAGAGAGGCAGAAAAAAGUCGGAAACGUAAAACCCUCAAACUCAUCAAGGAGGCGCCGAGGAAAACUAGAGGAUCAAGAAAAUGCAGAUCUUCGUCAAAACCCUAACGGGGAAGACCAUUACGCUGGAAGUUGAGUCCAGCGACACCAUUGACAAUGUCAAGGCCAAGAUUCAGGAUAAGGAGGGUAUUCCCCCCGAUCAGCAACGGCUUAUCUUUGCCGGAAAGCAGCUCGAGGAUGGCCGCACUCUGGCCGACUACAACAUCCAGAAAGAGUCAACACUGCAUUUGGUUCUAAGGCUUCGUGGUGGGAUUAUUGAGCCAUCUUUGAUGGCAUUGGCCAGGAAAUAUAACCAGGACAAGAUGAUCUGCCGCAAAUGUUAUGCACGCCUGCAUCCCCGUGCUGUCAACUGCCGUAAGAAGAAAUGUGGUCACAGCAAUCAGCUGAGGCCAAAGAAGAAAAUCAAGUAGACGGCUGAUCUUAAGGAUGAAAUGUUGUGGUUCCUUAUAUAUCACUUCAAUGCGCUCUGUAGAGUCUUAGAUUAUGUGCCCGUUUGUUAAGGAUUCAAUUUUGUAGUUCGGACUUCAGAACUUUUGUUGCAUUACAUUGAUUAUGAGAUGGUGUUGUUUUCUUUUUGAAUCUAUUUUAUUGAUGAAACGUGUUAAUUUGUUUUUCUCA